UUUGAACGUGGUUCACUGGUUUCAGUCAGUCCUCCUACCACCAGCUAAUCCGCGCAUCGUCUCCGGCAUUAACAGCCUCUGUCAGCGAGGUCCAACAUGAAGAUCUGGACAUCAGAGCACAUAUUCAACCAUCCAUGGGAGACGGUGAUCAAUGCUGCUAUGCAGAAGUACCCCAACCCCAUGAACCCCAGUGUGAUCGGAGUGGAUGUUUUGGACAGAGACAUUGACAAACAGGGACGCCUCCACAGUAAAAGACUGCUCAGCACAGAGUGGGGUCUUCCAUCCAUAGUUAAAUCUAUCAUUGGAAGCUCACGAACAUACACGUAUGUUCAGGAGCAUUCGGUCGUGGAUCCCAUAGAGAAGACUUUUGAACUUCAGUCCUCUAAUAUCACUUUCACAAACAUGGUGUCUGUGGAUGAAAAGUUAACAUACAAACCCCACCCUGAGGACAAAGACAAAACAGUACUGACCCAGGAGGCAAUCAUCUCUGUGAAAGGAGUCAGUCUCAGCAGUUACUUGGAGGGGGUCAUGGCGAGCACCAUCUCUUCUAAUGCUGGAAAGGGCCGUGAAGCCAUGGAGUGGGUAAUCAGGCGACUGAAUGCAGAAAUCGAGGAGCUGGCAGCGACAGCACGCGGGACCAUACGUGCCCCCAUGGCUGCUGCUGUCACUGAAAAAUGACACCUGCCUCUCUUCUCCAGCAGAGUCUGACAGAAUCUGCACAUCAGUACAACCAGCCUCCCUUUAUGAUGCACUGAUGCUGUUUUGGUGCUCUGGAUCUCAAACACUUUACUAUCUACAUUAGAUAUUUUUUAACGGCAGUCUGCAACAUAAAGGGAUUCUGAUGCUGCCUGGCAGGACCGCAGUGAUGAUGAGAGACUCGUGGACAAGUUUAAACACCACUGUUAUCUGUGGGUUUGGAAACACGUAGCACAGAGGUAACAACACAAGAAAAGUGCCAAAGCAGACACACCGCUUUUUGUCCAGCACCUUUGCCAGCCGUGUUUUCACCCGCCAGAAUACCUCAGACGUGUAGACAGAGUUAUAAGAAAAACAGUUAUGGUGAGAUGUAGAAGUGACUGUGACUCCUGUUGAGACACAAUGGCAGAAAACAAUGCCUUGUUGAGGCAGGAGUCAAGAGGAAUGAAUGUCAAUGGUACGGGGAAGUGGUUUCGGGUGUCAGAGAGUAAAUGGUUAAUGCAGCCAUCAGCAGUAACGCGUCAAUGAAAUGUUUCGACUUCAGGUUUAUUUGUGUUAGAGAACCAUCUCAAGCAACGUUUUCUUGCGGGACCUCAUUAAUAACAAGACACUGCACCAUGCAACAUAAUAUAAACCUGAAUAUAAGCUGAAUGUUAUUAUUAUGUGAUAACUAAUAUUAUUAUGAAGGUAUUUAAAUUAAAUGAAGGGAUCAAGGUAUUUGCCAUAUUUAUAUUUUUGAAGAUAUACAGAAGACCUUCUCAAAUGCUAUGUUAGUAUAACUCAGUGGUUCUCAAUUAAAGUAAUACACAUUUGGACACGGACCCCAUUUGAUAAGAUUUUGCUUCUGGGGCCUUCAUCUGAAAAUAUUUUGGUUUUGUUAUUUAAUUAUGAUCAUAAUUGUAGUUUUCAAACACAGCUGAGGAGAUAAAAAAAACCAACUGUUCCCCAUUUUUGUGGGGACCCCUAGAGCUCUCUGAAGGACGCCUGGGGGUCCUUGAACCCGUGGUUGAGAACCACUGGUAUAACUGAUAUGAUUUAGUCAGAUGUGUGGAGACUGAACGAAACAGCUAAAUCUUUGAGCUACAUUUUUAGUCACAUACUGUACCUGAACAUGUUUGCUAAACUCAAACAGUUUUAUCAGUGCGCAUAAGACUACUGUUAGACAGUUAUAACAAAGCAUGUCCUCUUAAUGCGGAGGUCGUGACCUUUGUAUUGACUCUUAUUUGCACUUACAAAAUAGUACUAUUUUAACAAAGAAAAGCUGCUACACGUGCUGAUAACAUUUUGGCAUCAUUGUUCAAGAGACGAUUUGCAUUGGAGAAGGUCUUUCCUCAUAUAACUGACAGCAGUGCAGUGAUGGUGAGAGAUUUAGUUUCUUUAAUAUAUAUAUAUUUUUUAUCUGUAACAGGAAUAUUUAUUUAUAGAAACAGUUGGGUUCAAAGUAACUUGAGUUGAACGUUGAGAAAUGUGAUAUCACAUGCUUAGUUACAAUAUGUAAUUUAAACAUUUUGUCUGGGUGCCUCUGAAAACAAACGGUGUCACCAACUGCAGAAUGUAGCAACGAAAUAAAAUAAAUUUAAACUGUUUAAUAAAAGAUUUUUGGCAGUAAUUCUUCAAAUUAGGUCCUAAAAAAGGCCUGGUUGCUGUUAAAAUGGAAAUCAACUAUAUUCAUGAAAAUAAAUGUUCUGUUUUUGUGUUCGAAUUCAAAAUAAGUUAUACAAUAUUUAACAUGGAGUGGAUAUUUAUCAAACUUAAUUACUAUUUUCAUGUAAGAAAAUGGCCUGUGUAAAAAUAUCGUUCAACCUGUGUGAUUCUGCCAAAAAAGGUCGAUUUCCUCUCUGGGGGUUCAGUCAUCACUGUUAUACAUUCCAGAAAUCUUUGUUAGUUAAACGGUAAAAAGGUAUAUUUUUGCAGUGCUCAUCUGAUUAGCGUCUACACUCUGAAACACCUACAGCAGGUGGAGGCCAGUACAACUGCAUUCUUUUAACAUGGGUCACCUGUUAUGUUGCACUGAUGUAGCAUGUCUGAAAUGCAAGUGUUAGAUGCUGCCACACUGUGGCCAAAUGCUUCCAGUUUCACCUAAUGACAAAGUGUAAAAAAGAUUUUAUUUAGUGUCAUCUGAGAAAUAGUGUCAGAUCUCACUUUCAAAUGAUUAAAGUUUAGGGCCAAAUUCAAUUUUAUGUUGCCGUCUUUAAGUUACUGCUUAGAAAAAAGGUGUGAAGUGAUUUUUUGAAAAUAAAGUUAUUUAAUUUAU